AUGACCCAAAAGUCUCUGGUACAGGGAACCGACAAGACAUCGGAUAGCUCAGUGCUGAAUAUGGAUAAACCGAACAUAAUCUCUACUCGGUAUUUCCUGGGAUGUGUAGAUCUGGUGGUAAUAGGAGAACUUAGCGGCAGACCUCCUAAGGACCAUGCAUGUAGGAGUAAAUGGUCAUCACGAUCAAAUACGGCAAGAGAUCGUGCAGGAAGAUCCGGAACAUGGCUGGCUCUCUUGCAAAACCAAUCUUCCAGUUCAACGGCCAGCUUUAGCCAUGAUCAAAAUAUUUUAUUUUUGUUUCAGAUAUUGUUACUGGCACUGUUGGCUACAGCUUUGGCAAGACCAGAGCCCCCUGUAUCAUCGUAUCUACCGCCAUCCAACGGUGGCUCCAAUGGGUUUGGGACUCCUUCCUCCACCUACGGCACUCCUGGCCUAAACGGAAACGGAGGCAGACCUUCUAGUACCUAUGGAGUACCAGGCCAAAACGGAAAUGGUCUAAACGGUAAUGGAGGCCGUCCAUCCUCUUCCUACGGCGUUCCUGGGCAGAAUGGAAAUGGUCGCCCAUCCACCUCUUACGGAACACCCAGCCAAAAUGGCAAUGGUCGUCCAUCCAGCUCCUACGGAACUCCUAGCCAAAACGGAAAUGGUUUCGGUUCUAGUUUGUCUUCCACUUACGGAACUCCUGGUCAAAAUGGCAAUGGUCGCCCAUCCAGCUCUUACGGAACCCCUAGCCAAAACGGAAAUGGUAGUCCAUCCAGCUCUUACGGAACACCUAGCCAAAACGGAAAUGGUAGUCCAUCCAGCUCUUACGGAACACCUAGCCAAAACGGAAAUGGUAGUCCAUCCAGCUCUUACGGAACACCUAGCCAAAACGGAAAUGGUAGUCCAUCCAGCUCUUACGGAACCCCUAGCCAAAACGGUAAUGAUUUUGGAAGUGGUCUAGCACCUGACUCUUAUCUGCCUCCCAGCAACGACUUAACCGAAGGAAGCAAUGGAAAUGGCUAUUCUAAUGGAGGCCGACCAGGAGGAAAUGGAAAUAGUUACGCUAGCAAUGGAAAUGGUGGAAACGGAGCCAGUGGGUAUCCAAGUGGACCUAGUGGAAAUGGAAACGGUGGUUACCCAAGUGGCCCUAGUGGAAACGGUGCCAGUGGAUAUCCAAGUGGAUCCAAUGGAAAUGGAAACGGUGGAUACCCAAGUGGAUCUAAUGGAAACGGUGGCUAUAAAAAUGGUGGGGCCGGAGGUGAUAAAAACGGAUACCCUAGUGGAAGGCCUGGAGCGAAUGGUAACGGAAACGGUGGAUAUCCCAGUGGAGGGCCAAGCAGCAAUGGUUUUGGUGGUGCCAAUGGUAAUGGAAAUGGCGGAUAUACAAACGGAGUGAGUGGAAAUGGUGGAUACCCAAGUGGCGGAUCCGCAACUAAUGGCAACGGUGGUUAUGCAAGUGGAGCAAAUGGAAAUGGUGGUUACAAAAAUGGAGCAAGUGGUAACGGUAAUGGUGGAUACCCAAGUGGAGGUCCUGGAGGCAAUGGCAACGGAGGUUAUUCGAAUGGCGGAAAUGGAGCUAACGGUGGAUAUGGCAGCAACGGCUUGACUGGUUCUGGAAAUGGUGGAUAUGGAGGAGAAGACGACGGAUCUUCUGAACCAGCGAAGUAUGAGUUCAGUUAUGAGGUGAACGACGCCGAGUUUGGUACCGAGUUCGGACAUCAGGAAAGUCGCGAUGGAGACCAAGCCCAAGGCUCUUACAACGUCCUUCUGCCUGACGGGCGCAAGCAGAUAGUGGACUAUGAAGCGGACAAGGAAGGCUACCGACCCAAGAUUCGCUAUGAGGGAGAAGGAAACGGCAUUGGAGGAGCUGGAGGUAAUGGUGGUUACCCAUCUGGACCCAACGGUGGCAGCAACGGAAACGGAGGUUAUCCUUCUGGAUCCAACGGAAACGGAGGCUAUCCCUCUGGAUCAAAUGGAAAUGGAAACGGAAACGGUGGCUAUCCUUCAGGACCCAACGGUGGCAGCAAUGGAAACGGUGGCUACCCAUCUGGACCAAACGGUGGUAGCAAUGGAAAUGGUGGUUACCCAUCUGGAUCCAACGGAAAUGGAAAUGGUGGCUAUCCAUCCGGACCCAACGGUGGCAGCAGCAAUGGAAACGGUGGUUACCCAUCUGGCCCCAACGGUGGCAGCAGCAAUGGAAACGGUGGUUACCCAUCUGGAUCCAACGGAAAUGGAAAUGGUGGCUAUCCAUCUGGCCCCAACGGUGGCAGCAGCAAUGGAAACGGUGGCUACUCAUCUGGAUCCAACGGUGGUAGCAACGGAAGCGGUGGCUACCCAUCAUCUUCCAAUGGUGGAAGCAGUGGUUACCAGUCCGGUGGAUAUCCAUCUGGGCCUUCUGGUACCGGCGGUGGUUACGAUGCGUUCUCUGGAAGUACCGGAAACGGAAACGGAGGUUUCUCUGCAGAUGGUUACAGGUACUAGACCAAAUUUGCUCAUAGUCAAGCUAAUGCUGACAUAUUGUAAAUACGUUCUAGAGUAGAAAGUUCGCUCAGUCAGUACCGAAUAACGUGUUUGUUACCCCACUGUGUAAGUGUUUAUUUAUUUGAUAUAGCUACAACUUACGCAGGUCAAGUUAUACCAGCCAUGUGUGCCAUAUCACGGCUUAUUUAUUUUGCAUCGAAUGUUCUACAUAUCAUUAAUGUUAAGUUCUAUAAUUAUGUGUUCAUACGUAUAAAUGUGAUUGUAUUCAUCUUUUAAGUGUAAGGCUAUUUAUUUAAAUAAAUCAU